UUUCCUGUGCUGCACACGCCCCCCGGCUCUCCGCUUCUCUUUUCCACUCCCUCGAGUGUCUCAGUUGCUCGUCUGGCUCUCGUCUGCCCACCCCCCGUCGGUGCCGAGUCCUUGCGUUCAUAUAUCCAAUUUACGCCCCGUCUUCUGUCAAGGCAGUUUUUUCCCACAUCUCUCCGCCUCCUUGCCAUCUCCUCCUCCUCGUCAGAUUCCAUCUCGAGACGAUCCUCCUCCGGCACCAGCGUCGUUCGUGUAGCGUCUGCUUGCUCUGCCACUGUCGUCUUCGUCCAUCGCGAUACACAAUUGGUGGUCGCUUCUGUUCGAGAUCGAUUGUCUGGACCCUGUCAGCUUUGCAUUGAGAGCCGCCACUGGUUUGACCGCCCGUCCCCGUUGAGUCAGCUAAUUGGACUCGUGUGGCCAUAUCUCAUACAUCUUCCCCACCCACGGAAGGAAAAGAACACAGAUCUCGGCCGCCAUGUCCUUUUCGAACCCCCGCAGAAGGACACCGGUGACUCGUCCCGGAACCGACUGCGAACAUGGCCUGUCUCUUAAGACUACCAUGACCCUCCGCAAGGGUGCCACCUUUCACUCUCCUACAUCUCCCAGCGCUUCAUCUGCUGCCGGCGACUUCGUCCCUCCUACUCUCACGAGGUCUCAAUCGGCUUUUGAUGAUGUCGUCGACGCAAGCCGUCGUCGUAUUGCCAUGACUCUGAACGAUAUCGACGAGGCCCUCUCCAAAGCCUCGCUCUCCGACAAGAGCCCUCGGCCGAAGCCCCUUCGCGACACCAGCCUGCCCGUCCCUCGCGGCUUCCUCGAACCUCCCGUCGUCGACCCCGCCAUGAACAAACAAGAGCCUGAGCGAAGGGUCCUGCGCCCUCGCUCUGUUCGACGCACCAGAAACCACGCCUCCGACAGCGGCAUUGGCAGCUCAGUCGUCUCGACAAACGACAAGGCUGGCGCCGCCGACUCUACAAAGAAGCCCCAGGCCUCCGCCCUGACAAGGUCGGCCGCCUCGAGCACCACCGCGAUGCUUCCCAGCCUCAGCCACCGCGCUGUCAACCGCAUCCGCGAACACACUCUCCGCCCUCUGCUGGAGAAGCCCACGUUGAAGGAAUUCGAGCCCAUCGUCCUAGACGUGCCCCGGCGCAUCCGAUCCAAGGAAAUCAUUUGCUUGCGAGAUCUCGAGAAGACCCUGAUCUUCAUGGCACCGGAAAAGGCCAAGUCCGCCGCCUUAUACCUUGAUUUCUGCCUCACGUCCGUCCGAUGCAUUCAAGCGACAGUCGAAUAUCUCACCGACCGCGAACAAGUUCGCCCCGGCGACCGGCCUUACACUAACGGAUACUUUAUCGACCUGAAGGAGCAAAUCUACCAGUACGGCAAGCAACUGGCCGCCAUCAAGGAAAAGGGAAGCCUUGCCGACGACAUGGACAUUGACCCAUCUGACGAGGUUCGCCUCUAUGGCGGCGUCGCUGAGAACGGCCGCCCUGCUGAGCUCAUCCGCGUCAAGAAGGACGGCACUGCCUACUCAAUGGCCACCGGAAAGAUUGUCGACAUGACCGAAUCCCCUACGCCGCUCAAGCGCUCCCUCAGCGAGCAGCGUGAGGACGAGGAGGAGAUUAUGCGGUCCAUGGCCCGCCGGAAGAAGAACGCCACCCCCGAGGAGCUGGCGCCCAAGAAGUGCCGCGAGCCCGGCUGCACCAAGGAGUUCAAGCGCCCUUGCGACCUCACCAAGCACGAGAAGACUCACUCUCGUCCCUGGAAGUGCCCCAUCCCCACUUGCAAGUACCACGAGUACGGCUGGCCCACCGAGAAGGAAAUGGACCGCCACAUCAACGACAAGCACUCGGACGCCCCGGCCAUGUACGAAUGCCUCUUCAAGCCCUGCCCGUACAAGUCGAAGCGUGAGUCGAACUGCAAGCAGCACAUGGAAAAGGCCCACGGCUGGACCUAUGUCCGCACCAAGACCAACGGCAAGAAGGCACCGAGCCAGAAUGGCUCCACUGCCCAGCAGACCCCCCCUCUCGCCAACGUGUCUACGCCUUCCUCCACGCCCAGCUACAGCGUUCCCACGCCUCCCCAAGACCAGGUCAUGUCCACCGACUUCCCCAUGUAUCCGGCUGAUGACGAUUGGCUCGCUACCUACGGCGCGCAGCCCAACACCAUCGACGCCAUGGACCUGGGUCUCGAGAACCUUUCCCCUGCCUCUGCAGCUUCCUCGUACGAGCAGUACCCUCCCUACCAGAACGGUUCCACCUUCAUCAUCAACGAUGAGGACAUCUACGCCGCCCAUGUUCAGAUUCCUGCCCAGCUGCCCACUCCUGAGCAGGUGUACACCAAGAUGAUGCCCCAGCAAAUGCCGGUCUACCACGUCCAGCAGGAGCCAUGCACCACCGUUCCCAUCCUGGGCGAGCCUCAAUUCUCCCCCAAUGCUCAGCAGAAUGCAGUUCUGUACACUCCGACCUCGCUGCGCGAGGUUGAUGAAGGCUUUGACGAGUCGUACGCCGCAGACGGCGCCGACUUUCAGCUGUUCCCGGCGACGGUCGACAAGACGGAUGUGUUCCAGUCAUUGUUUACCGAUAUGCCAAGUGCCAACCUCGGCUUCUCCCAGACCACACAGCCCGACAUCUUCAACCAAAUAGAUUGGAGCAACCUCGACUACCAGGGGUUUCAAGAGUAAAAAGAUUGCGACACAUACAAUGACUACUGCACAAGAUGCUGCAAACGCUUAUCCACUCGCCGCUUACACCACUUGUUCUUUUUAACGAUUUCAUGAAGAGGUUUCCGUUGGUUCAUUGAAAAAGGAUUGCCUUUGUGUAUUAAAGAGUUUUGUUUUCCUCAUUUUCACCUCAUUUUCUUCUCUUCUCAUCUGCACGAGAACGGAUGCUUCAUUUGCAUCGAAACAAGCGGAUUAGUUGGCCGUAUGGGCCCUGGAGGAGGAACAGCAGCAGGCUUGAGUUGAGGCCAUGGGCCAGCAGCCGUCUUUCAAGAUACUGACAGCUUGCUGGUGGGGGUAAAGGUUUACUUUUAUUACACUCUUGAAGAAUGAUAGAAGAUUUAUCCCACUUUCUGGUGUACCUUGUGACAUGCUGUGAAAGUAAGGUAGGUAGUACCUUGGUACCUAGUAAGUAAGGUAAGGUAAGGUAAGGUAGGUAGGUAGUAAGUAAUUAGGUCGGUCUAAUGCAAACCUGAAGGUAAAAAGAAAACCCCUUCGUUUGCCACGCCUACACGCAAAAAGAAUGAAUGUGUGCCACACUUCAAAAAGGUGAAGACGAUGUUCUCCGAUACUGGGAAUCGAACCCAGG